AUGGCUGCAUGCUUUAUGAAAACCAAAGACAGCUCUGGGUGUGGAGAAUUCAGAGGACAGAAAUCACUAACAUCGCUGCUGGAAUGUACCUCUGAUAUUUCCUGCCACCUAAGGCGCUGCCAUCUUUCAAGGGAAAAUAUUUCCGAGUACCAGCUAAUUUUGAUUCGAGCGGGCCAAUUUCAUCUAAGCGAAGGAAACAUUGCAGAAAUGUCCGUGCGUCCUCGGCACCGAGGAAAAUUGGGAGCAUACUGGAAAUGCCCAACAACUGCUUGCCAGUACCCUGAUCACAAGGGAAAACAAGAAGCGGUAAAAGGAGACCGAGUUUUCAACAUCCAGAUGGCAAGAGAUAUAUUUCAAGUUUUCGGAGUUACCAUUCCAAUUGGAUCACGUAAGCAGUUUUCUGUGAUAUAGAAUAACUUUUAAUUAACUUUUAUGCAGACGAAAAAGGUACUAAAUAUGAAGAUGAAACAACGUGUAGUCACAUUAUCAGUUUGAUAUGUUCCUUCUGUUUGCUGUUGUGAUAAGGCGAUUUAUGUUUUGGAGUACAAAGUAACGGUUCUUUCCCGGUAACCGGGGUGAGGGGUUGGGGGAUUUCAAGGUAACGGAAUCUUGAGUUGUUUUGCAACCUCGUUCCCAGGUCUUUCUUCUUCUCUAAUCGUCCUUUCCUGAGGUUGUUUUGUUUUGUUUUUAUUAACAGCAACUGCCUUUCACCACUUAAAAAAUGUAGAGGGUUAAGAGUACAAACCUCUACUUCUAGUGACCUAGUUGCAUACAUCUUUGUGUGUUUGAUGUAAGCAAAAGAAAUUAAAUAGCAUAAAACAAGCAACCACAAUAUUGUCUGUUAGGGGAGAGUCUGUGGCAACCCUUGUCACUCUUUCUCUGCAUUUUUUAGCCAUCUGUAACAGUUGUAGAAAGCUUCAUGCUAGCAGACUUAAGACUGAAAGGCUUUGGCUGAGAGAAACGAAAAGUACUGAAACGGAAGAUACCACAGAUACCAUGGAAGAAACCGAACCAAACUUAUCAAGGUAUUAAUUCCUAACGAUUUCUUGUGUACUCUUCCUUUAAUAAAAACAACUCUUAGAACGCGAGGAGGAAGUAUGACAAACUCUAAGAAAGUAAAAAUGUCCUUGAAUAUAAAAGAUUGGCUGCUCAAAGCUCAGUUAAUUUUUGUUUAGAUACUUACUGUACAUUCAUCCUCUGUAAGAAAAAAAAAAUACAAUUUUCUUUUGACUUAUUUGUCUGUUGACUUCCCUCUAUAGAAAAACCAAAGAAGAAGCACUUGUUUCUAUCGAGAGUUGCAUUUACACCCCAGUACCAGAAAGUCAUACUAAGAAUGAUCCUGCCUGGUCUCUUGGACGAUGGCAAGCAAUGACUCCUGACAGUUCGUUCGAUGAUGAGUCCCCUGAAAACGAAUCUGAUGUUCUUCAAGUAUACAAUGAGGCACUCAGUAACAUUGCCUCGCUUUCGGGAAAAACUGUGGAGCCCCUGACUUUCCGACUUAACUCCGAGUGGGAGGAGGCGACUAAGAAAGAAAAAGAACUUUGCAUAGAGCAGGUGAACGAAGCAUGUCGUGCUGUUUGUGACGUCAUUGCUCCAAAGGACAGUGAUAAGCUGUUACGAUCAUUUCAAGAAUCAAGAAGGGAAGUAGGUUUCCCUAGCGACCUCAAAGCACUAGUAACUACAUAUCAGCAAGCACCAUCAAGGAGCCUUAAAAUCCAGAUACUCAGCAUCUAUGCUACUCGUUACCCAGCCCAAUACUUGAAGAAAAUACACGAACCAUUUGAAAAGCUUAGCGACCGACAGAUAAAAAGAGCAAGAUCGCACGCCAAAAUUGUUGGAGUUGGACUGUCCGUUGAGAAACCGCUGCGCCACCGGGUGAAAAUUGAUUUGGUGAAGUUGGAUCACUUUCUGUCUUUUGUCAACCAGCCGUACUUCUACCAAGACGUGGCUUAUGGAACCAGGACGCUGAAGCUAGAUUCAGGAGAAGAGUUACUUAUGCCAAAUGUUGUCAGAAUUGUUGCGAGGUCAACGAUGAUAGAGCAGUAUUUAAAGCAUUGCAGCGAAGAUCAGUUUGAGCCUCUUUCGAGAUCGACGCUGUUUAGAAUAUUACAAGUCAGAGAAGCUUCUCAAAGAAAAUCGCUUCAAGGACUGGAUAACAUAGCUGCAGGAGGCGCUGAAGCGUUUGAAAGUGUGCGCAAGAUAGUAGAUGGCUUGAAAAACUGCGGCGCAAGUGGAACUUGGUGCGAUGAAGUGCAAAAUAAACUUAAAAGUGGAAAGCGCUACCUCAAGACAGAAUAUAGAGUGCAUUGCCGUGAAGAAGAAAGCUUAUGUGCUGAUCACUGCAGAUACUUUGCUCUUAGUGACUUACAAGAUCCAGAACUCAGCGAACAUUGUCCGCAUCAACAUCAAGUGCGCUGUAUCGAGUGUGAGAAACUGAAAGUAACAUUAAAGUCCAUCGCUGAUCAGAUUGAGUCGCCUUCCAUUAACUAUUAUAGCGGUGAACAGAAAGAGGACUUCAAGCAUGACCUUGCCCAAGCCCAAGAAAUGAUUUUUCAAUGGAAGUCUCACAUUUUAAGAGCAGAGAACCAAGAGCGGGCAAAGCAAGAUGUACUAAAAUCUCUCCAGGAUAACUCGGUCAUGGUCGUAAUGGAUUGGGCCAUGAAAUUCUUACAGAUAAAAUAUCGAGAAAAGCAAUCCGAGUGGUUUGGUAAGAGAGGAAUCAACUGGCAUGUCAGUUGCGUUAUUUCGAGGAAUACGGCAGAUGACAGCCUCCAGGUUCAGUCAUACGUCCAUUUAUUCGAUAGCUGUGCACAGGACUGGUACACCGUUUACUCAAUUUUGGAGCAUCUUCUCGCAAUCAUCAAGGAAAACAAGCCAGAAGUCAAUCAAGCCUUCUUGCGCUCAGACGGAGCGGGCUGCUACCACAACAACAAUCUAAUUGCUGCUGUCCACGACCUUGGUGUUCGAGUAGGAGUAAAAGCUAUGAGGUAAACGAAGAGGUUGUCUUAUGAUAAAAUAUAAAAAUAAAUUACAGUUCACUCUAAAACUGAGUCAAAGCAUGCAGCCUGUUUCAAACUUCUCCUUUACCAAUUUAGAACGAAUCGACUACAAGUUGCACUUGCGGCAAGGUUAUAAUUAAUGAACGAUUACUCAAACUGCACACAAGAUAUAAUGAAAUACUGACUGCCAACCCAAAGAUUCAUUUAUCAUUUUUAGCGAAAACAAUUGAUAGAUGAUUGCAGCAAACCGCUUGAAAAUUCUGAUCUUUAAAAAAUUGCUAGUUAUAUGAUAUCUCGCUUUUCCCUGAGUAUUUUUUCAGUUUUGUCGAAAAAGUACUUACAGCCCUAAUGCCAGCUGAACGCAGCUAGAUUUCUGGUGGUCCUUCGUAUUAUACGUAUAUAGUUUAAGAUUAAACAGUUAGAACUCGGGCCUUGUAACGCUUGUAAUGUAGGUUCAAUUAUAUUAGAAAAGUACGGCCAAGGUAGCUGCGGCUUUAUUUUUAAUUUUAGGUAUGACUUUUCGGAACCUCAAAGCUACAAGCCAAAAACAAGUUGA